UUCAAUCCCCAAAAUUCACCGAGCCUCCUGUAGUCUACACCACAAUAAGAUUUUUAAUUAAAAUCAGCAAAAACCCUAAUAAUUUCCCCCCUUUUGUUGUUAUUUAUUUGUUGCUUAAUCGACUGAAUCGACUUUUUUCCAGACACAGGGAAUAUCGCUGGAUUGAGGUCACCUGCUCCGAUUCCAUCUUUCGGUUCCAAUUUGGUAUUUCUAUCUCAAUCUCCGGCGACCUACCGCCGUCGAUCGGACUUUGGCUUCACCAUGGAUGUUAAAGAUCAUUGUUGUUCAACUCACCUCAUAGAUGGGGAUGGUACAUUUAAUGUUGCCGGGAUCGACAAUUUUAUUAAAGAAGUGAAACUUGCAGAGUGUGGGCUUUCGUAUGCAGUUGUAGCAAUCAUGGGUCCCCAGAGUAGUGGGAAGAGUACCUUGUUGAAUCAUUUGUUUGGUACUAAUUUCAGAGAAAUGGAUGCUUAUAAGGGGAGGUCGCAAACCACAAAGGGUAUAUGGUUGGCACAUUGUGUUGGUAUUGAGCCUUGCACUCUUGUAAUGGAUUUGGAGGGAAGCGAUGGAAGAGAAAGAGGAGAGGAUGAUACUGCAUUUGAAAAGCAGAGUGCACUCUUUGCACUUGCAGUUUCUGACAUAGUGCUUAUAAACAUGUGGUGCCAUGAUAUUGGGCGUGAGCAAGCUGCAAAUAAACCACUCUUGAAAACUGUGUUUCAGGUUAUGAUGAGAUUAUUCAGUCCUCGUAAGACCACUUUAAUGUUUGUUAUUCGUGAUAAGACAAGGACGCCUUUGGAAAACUUGGAGCCCAUUUUGAGAGAAGAUAUUCAGAAGAUUUGGGAUUCUGUUCCUAAGCCACAAGCUCACAAGGAAACUCCACUAAGUGAAUUUUUCAAUGUUGAAGUUGUGGCUCUGUCUAGUUACGAAGAGAAGGAAGAACAAUUUAAAGAGCAGGUGGCAGGUCUAAGACAAAGGUUUUUCCAUUCUAUUGCACCUGGUGGGCUUGCAGGGGACAGACGUGGUGUGGUCCCUGCUUCUGGCUUUGCAUUUAGUGCUCAACAAAUAUGGAAGGUCAUUAAGGAAAACAAGGACCUUGAUCUCCCUGCACACAAGGUUAUGGUUGCAACUGUACGCUGUGAAGAGAUAGCUAAUGAGAAAUUCUCCUCUUUUGUGGAAAAUGAGGAGUGGCGCCUGAUAGAAGAGAAGGUUCAAUCUGAGCCAGUGCCUAAGUUUGGAAGGAAGCUCACGUCAAUUCUUGAUAUUUGCCUAUCAGAGUAUGAUGCUGAAGCAACAUUUUUUGAUGAGGGUGUCCGAUCUUCAAAACGAAAGCAGUUGGAAGAGAAACUCCUGCAACUUGUCCUACCAUCUUAUCAACUCAUGUUGGGACACAUUCGCUCUGGAACCUUGGGUAGAUUCAAGGAAGCAUUUGAUAUUGCCUUGAAUGAGGGUAAAGGGUUUUCUGCUGCAGCACGCAAUUGCACGGAGUAUUAUAUGUCAAAGUUUGAUGAAGCAUCUGCAGAUGUGCACAUUGGUCAAGCAAGUUGGGAUUCCUCUAAAGUAAGGGAUAAGCUUAGGCGUGAUAUAGAUGCACAUAUUGCUGCAGUCCGUGAAGCCAAGCUGGCUGAACUUACAUCUGUGUAUGAGAAAAAAUUGCAUGAAGCCUUAGCCGGGCCUGUUGAAGCUUUAUUGGAUGGAGCCAGUGAUGAUACAUGGCCAUCAAUAAGAAAACUUCUCCAUCGCGAGACUGAUGCAGCAGUUAGUGGGCUUUCUAGUGCACUAUCUGGUUUUGAAAUGGAUGAGGUAGCAAGGGAUAAAAUGAUUUCGAGGUUGGAGGAUUACGCUAGAGGAGUAGUGGAAGCAAAAGCCAAAGAAGAGGCUGGAAGGGUUUUGAUGCGUAUGAAAGACAGGUUUUCUACAUUAUUCAGUCGUGAUUCCGAUUCCAUGCCACGUGUCUGGACAGGAAAGGAAGAUAUUCGUGCAAUUACCAAAACUGCACGCUCUUCGUCUUUAAAGCUACUGUCUGUGCUCGCUGCUGUUCGUCUGGAUGACCAUACUGCUGAUUCUAUAGAGAAUACAUUGUCCCUUGCUCUCAUUGAUCCAAAAAGUGGUGCUGCUGGCAGUAGAAGUGUCUCAGGGGAUCCUCUUGCGUCGAGUAGUUGGGAUGAGGUUCCGCCAUCCAAAACCUUGUUAUCUCCAGUCCAAUGCAAGUCGUUGUGGAGGCAAUUUAAUAUUGAGACAGAGUAUGUUGUUAGUCAAGCCAUUGCUGCUCAGGAGGCUAGCAAGAGAAAUAACAACUGGAUGCCACCUCCAUGGGCAAUUGUUGCAUUGGUGGUUUUGGGUUUUAACGAGUUUAUGACCCUUUUAAGAAACCCUUUGUAUUUGGGCGUCAUAUUUGUUGCUUUUCUGCUUAUAAAAGCCCUUUGGGUGCAAUUGGACGUCUCAGGCGAAUUCCGAAAUGGAGCUCUUCCGGGAAUUCUCUCCCUGUCCACGAAAUUCCUCCCAACCGUCAUGAACCUUCUAAGGAAACUAGCCGAAGAAGGACAAAAGCCGGGCAACCCUGAUCCUCAACACAACCCGCCAGCCCCGGUAAAGACCUUACACAGCGGUACACAUGACCAUUCUAAUCUCUCAUCUAGCGCUUCCUCUGAAGUAAUAUCGUCAGAAAAUGGAACCGAGUACUCGAGUCCCUCUACCAACAACAGAGUCCAGUGAGCUCUCAUUAGCCACCCAACCCUCUUAUUUGUCCAGGUAUAACUCCUACACUUGUUGGGGUCAAAUUGUACCAGAAAGGAAGGGAUAUAUAUCAUUGAGAAGGAUCUAUAUUUAAAUGUCGACGACCAGGGUGUGUGUUGCCUUAGAAAUUAUUCAUCUCUCUUCCUCUUCUUGCUUCUAUAUAUAUAGUUUUUGUGUUUAAUGGUGUUUUAUGAUUGUGAUUUCACAUCUUGUUUCAGUUUUGUAUCAUUAGAGGUUGUGAAUGUGAAUGUGAAUGUGAAUGUGAAUGAUUCCAGUAUUCUAUGUAUUUUUAUUUUAUGAUACUGGGAAUUUUAUGACCCCAUCCAUCUAUUUAAAGCAGAGAAUUGUUAUUUAUUA